AGAGGGGAGCGCGGCGAGAGGGAGGAGAACUGCCCAGCCAGUUUGCGUCACCGCCUCGCAGAGCAGAAGAGGAGAGCGAGCUGGGGAGAGCGAGACAAUUUGGAGGGGAGGAGAGGCAGAGUCGGCAGACCCCGCGGCUCUCCUCUCCACCACCCAUCCUUUUCCUCUCUUCUCCCUCGGCUUCCCUCUCUGCCUUUCCCAUUCCCCCGAAAACCCCACUUAGCCAAAGCAAGGAGGUCAGGGGAACCCUUUCCCCUCCCCCCCUUCAAAAAACUUUUCCAGUCCGGAGAAAGCAGGGGACCGAGUGGGCACCCAGCUGGCCAUGGAGCUGCUGUGCUGCGAGAUGGACCGGGUGCGCAGGGCCGUGCCGGACGGCAACCUGCUCCACGAUGAGCGCGUUUUGCAGAACUUGCUCACCAUCGAGGAGCGCUACCUUCCCCAGUGCUCCUACUUCAAGUGCGUGCAGAAGGACAUCCAGCCCUUCAUGCGCAGGAUGGUGGCCACCUGGAUGCUGGAGGUCUGUGAGGAGCAGAAGUGUGAGGAGGAGGUCUUCCCUCUGGCCAUGAAUUACCUGGACCGCUUCUUGGCUGGGGUUCCAACUCCUAAGACCCACCUUCAGCUCCUGGGUGCUGUUUGCAUGUUCCUGGCCUCCAAGCUCAAAGAGACCAUCCCGCUGACGGCAGAAAAGUUGUGCAUUUAUACCGACAACUCCAUCAAGCCCCAGGAACUGCUGGAGUGGGAGCUGGUGGUGCUGGGGAAGUUGAAGUGGAACCUGGCCGCAGUCACUCCUCAUGACUUCAUCGAGCCCAUCCUGCGCAGGCUGCCCCAGGACAAUGAGAAGUUGCCUCUGAUCCGCAAGCAUGCCCAGACCUUCAUUGCUCUGUGUGCCACCGACUUUAAGUUCGCCAUGUACCCACCAUCGAUGAUUGCGACUGGAAGUGUGGGAGCUGCCGUCUGCGGGCUGCAGCAGGAUGAGGAAGUGAGCUCGCUCACCGCUGAUGCCCUGGUGGAGAUGCUGGCCAAGAUCACCAACACCGAUGUGGAUUGCCUCAAAGCCUGCCAGGAGCAGAUUGAGGAGGUGCUGAUCAGCAACCUGCAGCAGUUUCAGGAGCAGGGGGAUGGAUCCAAGGAAGAGGAGGAAGUGGUGGACCAAGCCAGCACCCCUACAGACGUGCGUGAUAUUGACCUGUGAGAUGUCAGUCGGGCCGCAAGGGAGAGAUGUGUUCAAAUCUGCUCUCUCCUUCUCUCUGGUUGUUUUGUUAUGUUUUAGGGUGAAAUUAAAAAAACAAAAUUCUGCUCCCACCUAGAUCAUAUUGAAGGAUCUUUUAGAAGCGAGAGAAAAAGAUCCUAUAAAGCCGGAAUAAUUAAAAGCAUUUGGUGCCUAUUUGAAGUACAGUAGAAGGGAAUCCCUUGUGUAUGCGAACAGUUAUUGCUUGUUUAUGUUAAAAGUCAUAGUAAAAUGCUUACAGGUAACUGCAGAGUAGCUAGAGAAAAUGUACGCCUGCAUUAUGGGAAGAAAUUAGAGGAGACUUUUUUUUUCAUGUUAUAAACUAGCACGUAUACACCCCUACUAGGAUAAUUUCAAGGAACUGCAUAUACAUUUUAUGGCACUAGAUUGCUAAGCCAUGAACUCGAGAAGGAAUUGGAAACAAGGUUGGACACAGUGGGGAGGGAGGAUGAAACAAUCUCUCGAAGUGACUGAACCAUUUUGGAUGUAGAAGCACGUUUGGUCUUGACCACCUAUGACUAAGUCAGGAGCAUUGCUGGAUCUCUAGUUAGGAACUCUUGCUGUCUACAGUAGCUGCUACCUAAAACAGAUGUUUUACCUUCCAGUUGACACAGGUGAUUUGGACCUGGGUUUAUGUUUUUUGACAUCUUGCUUCUUCUUCCAAACAUGGUUCAUUGCAUAUACCACCAUAUUUUGUCUAAAGGGGCAGUGUAGCUCUGGGCCAUUACCAAACCUCACAUGAAACAGAGGCAGAUGGAGACCAAGGGUGGGAUCUGGAAUGGAAUCUUUUAACGUCUGACAAGAGUAAUGUGACCCUGGCAUUCCUUAUUAGGAGAAAACUAAUUUUUGGUGCUGAUUGGCAUGUCUGGUCCACACUUUAGCGUUGUUAUAAACCAUUCCAUUCGAAAAGCACUUUGAAAAAUUGUUCCAGAGGGAUAGAUGGGAUGGUUUAUGCAAAUUAUACUGAAUAGACUCCUCCCUUCUCCUCCGGUGCCCCUCCCCCUCCCACCUGGUACUAUUCGCUUCUGGUAUCUGAUAUUCUCUGGUACAUGGUUCUGGUGUUCCCACUAGGACUGAAGAGACAACCCUGUCCGCUGACAUUCCCAUCACCACAUUCCUCAGAAAAGUCUAAAAACAAAGAUCUGUUAUCAUUUUGAUGCAUGUAAGGAUCUUAAUUCCCACCUAUGUACUUCCCCUUUGGACAUGGAAAGAAAAAUUAUUGCUGGUGCAAAGACAGCUGAACAGCAGUGUGGCAUUUUGUUCCCUUAUACACUUUUUGUUAAUUAGUUGCAAAGUUGUUCAGUGUACUUGAAUAUUUUUCCUCUCCACAUCUUAAACACAUUCAGUUAGCAAGAAGUUGGAGCAAUAACUUUUUUUUUUGCACAAUUAUAAUUGACAGGUAAUGAAGCUAUUUGUUAAAAUAUUUGCCUUUUUUUAAGCAAAAAGGAAAAAUCAGAACAGGGCUCCUUUGAAGAAUUAUUUUAUACACAGAUUCUGCCUUGUUUCAUAGUAUGAGGGUUGAAGAUGGAGAAAAACGUAAGGGUCUCUUAUUUUCAUUUUAUUAUGCUCAGUUUUUUUUUAUUACUUUUUUUUUUGCGCUGCUAAGAAGCUAAUUCAUCCUUAUUCACAUUAACAGUACCUAGCUGUAAUGUUUUUCACAGUGUGCUGCUAUUUUAUAAACAUUUUUAUAAUAUAUUAUUUUACUGCUUAAAUUCCAAGACCUGAAGUAGAUGGUUGCUAUAUGAGUUCUUUGUACUGGAAAAUCCCUUCCAUAGUUUUUCUCCUGGUAGCAUAUUCACAGUUGGUGUUGGGUUUUUAUUAUCCCUUUUGGAUUUUUUUUUUUCCUCUCUGAUCACAUUCUUCAAAGACAGAAUAUUCUUUACCUCAGGUUUACUGGUCAAAAAUCAAUAGCUACAACAGAAAACAAUUCACAUUUUUGUUUUCAUAAUACCUCACAACCAUACAGUUUCUGCUUGGGAGCCCAUGAGUGUGGGGAGAGAAGAAGGCGGGAGGAGGCUGUGGGCAAUGGGGUGGGUUUGGCCCAGGGUCUCACACCCAGGGACCUCUUCAGUGGUGAAGGUCAUCAGGCUUCCAUUUUGACUCUGGUCUCCUCAUCAUGAUGGAAAAAAUACAAUUGAACCAAGGGGCUUCCCCUCCCCCCACGCAGACAUUCCGCACACACAUUUAGGCAGUGGAUGAGGAAGUCAUGCUUUGCACUUAGGUAUCAGGAGAUGGGCUAAAGAAUUCAGCAGGCUGCUGGGAGACCCUCAUCUGACAGCCCUUCCUACAGCAGGGCUUUCAUCACUAGGGUCCUCUCCUCUUGCAAGGACCUUUCCCUCCCUCUCCUUCCCUGACACAGGCAUCCCCAGGUGAUGGUGAUCACAGAGGUUUUUCUAGGUCUGAAUCUGCAGCUCGCAGUGUUGUGGGGAUUCCUCCCCCCGCUGGUCUCCCACGGGGCAGCAGGCGCUGUGCAAGGCCAGGUCCUCUGCUAAGCAGCAGUGCAUGUUUUAGGUUUACAUCGCAUUGAAUUGGCGUGAUGGGGGACAUAGGUCAGAUGAUGACUGGAUGGUAGCUGAGGGGGGUGGGGAGGCUGCUUCCACACAGAGAUGGGAGUCCUGAUGCAUGAGAUUCUCACAGGGUGUUUAGGAGGCUCAGGACUUGGUGAGUUAGCAUCACCCUGUAUUCUAGGGAGUUUCUGGUGGGUUAAUGGGUGGUGAAUUCUGAAGUUCUGGAGAGGAAAGCCGUGCAGGCGGUCUUUUAUUAAGAGCCCACGUGGCACAGUACACUCUGGGGUCUGGGGAGCCCAUAGCGUGGGAAGAGACGUGGUCCUAGAGUUCUGGAGGGUCUGGGAGCAUAAAGACAAGAUGAGAUACAAACUUAUUCCACAGUGACCAGCCCGUAAGCUCAGACGGAAGCAGCAGCAAAUGAAAAUCUGACUGGGAAGGAAGCAGGCCAACAGACUCCCUGCAGCCUAUAACUUUCCGCUUUCUCUGAAGGCCCAGAUGCCCUGGGGCCUGCUAGCCUUUUCUACUUCCUGUCCUCUGGGCCUAGGUGCUAGGUGUGGGGUUGCUGAUGGGGAAGGUGCUAGGUUGUCUGGUUUUCCUGCCGGUCCCCUCCUUUAAACAAAAGAGGGAACUCGUUGUUUAAGUGGCUGACGCCCUCUCCUUGGCCUUGGUUUCCUCGGUAGGAGAUUUUGUCUCAGAGAAGCUCAGUGCUCGUGGUUUUAUUCUUUUAUUUUUCACUUCCUACUUAAAGGGGUUCCAAACCUGUUCUGAUCUUUUUCUACUUUUAAACAACAACAACAAAAUCUCUUUUUUACUUCCUCCUCUCUGUGUUUUUGUUUUUCUCCGUCAGUGGGGGCUAGGUUUUUCCCCAAGCUUGCCAAAUUUUGUUCCUAUCCCUGUUUUGGCCAAAUCCUAGGUGGGGAAAAUCCUCGUAUGCCAAAAAUAUAUGCUAAGCAUAAUUUAAUCCCAUGCAGGUUCAUAUUAGCCACAAAGCCUGCAGGUGGAAGCAGGGGACAGAUCCCCCAGCAGAGAGUCCCCGGUGCCCAGAGGACAGCCCCUCAGAAUGGCUGCUCUUAGAGGAGCCUGGGCUGGGACUGCCCCAGGACCGCGGAGGGCUCACCACGCCUGACGGCCAGGUCCUCCUCGGUCUACACGCUUUGUUCAAGAGGCUCUGUUCUGCCUCUGUCAUCCUGUCAGGGGCACACAUGGCUUGGAGGCCAGCAGGGGCUUAAGUGACAAGGCUGGGGGAGGAAGCAGCUCUGACUACAUCAGCCUCAUUCCCUUGCUAGCAGGGUGGGCUUCUCUCAGAGGGCGCCGCAGCUUUCCUGCAGUCUGGCCCCUUCAGGGCCUCUCCACACUGCCCUGGGGGCUCCGGGAUGGGGUUAAUAAGGACAGUAGGCAGGAUUGGAUGACUUCUCAAAGUGGGCCGGGGAAUUCUCCCUGGGCCAAAGCGGGUUGGCCUGGGGGAAGAAAUAGACUCGCACCUUGUAUCAUGUAAAUAAUGAUUUUCUAGUUCAAGGAGAUGACACUGGUAGUGUGGGAAUGGAAGGUAGGGAUGGGAGGAAGUCUGAGUAAGCCAGUUGGCUUCUAAGCCAAAAGGAUUCCUCUUUGUUUAUCUUUGAGACAGUCCAACCCUGAGAAUAGCUUUAAAAGGGAAAUCAAUGCUGAGACAGUAAAGUCCCCUUAAGCCAACAAACCAGCCAUAGAGAGUGCAGGCUUCCACUGCUAUGGGCUUGGACCCGUUUUCAAGAGCUGCUCAUGCCAUUGUCCGUUUGUACAAAAUAGGGCAGGAAGACUGGAGAGGAUGUUUAUGACUUCCUCACGCCACAUGGUUUCUCAUGAUUCUAGACUCUAAACCCAGAACAUCAUUCAGUCUACAUUUUUCAGAACUAUUCUCCUAUAUUUGUGUGCCUCUGCUUUAGACUUGGCUGGGCUAUCAGACCUGAUUCUUGGCUCAGGUUUCAAGAAGCCAUCAGCAAAUGUAUCCAUGCACGCUGUAGCCGCAUCAUUUAUUCCUUUGCCUGCAGCCUAGGUUGGGGGAAAAAGUGCCUUACUGAUUGUAGCCAUUAUAGUAUUCAAUGUAUUUUAACAGGUGCCUGUCCUUUAAAAGCAAGGUGGUGUUUUGUUGUUCAUGGGUUUCAGUUCUUAUUGCUAGCCAACUCUUAUCCCCAGCAAACCACCGGGCCAUUGGAUUUUUUCCAUUAUGUUCAUUGCCCUUGUACCAUGUACCUCAGAUCUCUCAGUUACAGUGUCUCAUCUUGGACUUCUUUUAUUAUUAUUAUAAUUUUUUUUUUUUGCUUUAAACGAGUGUGAUGCCAUAUCAAGUCAAUGUAAUUCUCUCACAAUAUACUCUAUAAGAGGUGUGGGUGUUUAUUUGGUCGGGAUGCUAGCAAGUGCUAAAGUAGCAUGAUCAGUAUAAAAAGGUUUUUAGGAAGUUUUGGAAAAUGUUUUAUUGGCUACGAUGGUGACAUGGUAUAGUCAGUUGCCUUUGAAGAGGUCCUAUCUGUUCAGUGUUAAGUGAUUUUAAGAAAUAAUAACCUGUUAUUCUGACUAGCGUAAAGAUGGGUUUGGAAAUGGUUUUGGAUGCGAUUAGUAAUGAUAUGUGGACAAUAAACUCACCUUGACCUAAA